AUGCGUGUAUCAGCUCUCGUCCUCGCCGCCGCUCUGUCAAUGGUCUCGGCCAAGAAGAUCAACAUGCACUGCGAGUUCGCGGCUGACAACACUGGCAUGGUUCAAUCUGCCUACUGCUGCCGUGACAUGAAGCCCGCACGCGGUAACUCCAAGGUCAAUGAGGCCAUGGACUGUGACACCCUUACCGAGCCCCAGAUGUGUGAAGACCAGUCGCGGCCAGCCUGUUGCUACCCCAUUGGUCCCAAGAAGAUCUGUACCUCGCACGUUAUUUUCAUGGAUGCGGCGGAUAUCUAA